AGUUGCGAACUGAAGAAGAAGGUAGUUUCACAAAAGGCCUCUUUUUCUUUCUUCUUGCGCACUGCGACAUGAAGUACAUGUCUUUCAUCUUACUUGAUGGCGCCCUCGAAAUGCACUUUACAUAUAUAUCUUUUUUUUUACUUAUCGAUUGUUAUUCCCCGUUGACUUCCCGCUGCCCCCGUUUUGCCUUCUUUAUAUGUGUCACCUUUCUUUGGGUCUGUGUGUGUGGAAGAAGUAGAACUGACGCCGUUGUUGUUCCUGGUAUCCGCCCCGCUGUUACCGUCCCCUCUAUCUCUAUCUCUAUCGCUGGAGUACUGCUCUGUACUUGGCCUUGCAAAGCCGUUUGUUGUGCUAAAAUAAAAAGAAAAAUGAAAAAUGUUGUGAUUCCAAGAGAAAACAGUAAAGAACAAGAAGACUCGACCGUCCAGCUUGCACCCCCCUUCUCAAUCCUCCUUACUGUAUUCUUCAUCUUUUUUAUUUUUGAGGGAGCAUAUCUUCGAGCAAAAACAGAACGGCUACUCGACUUCUUGCUUUCCGCCUCUCGCAGUACUGCCGUGCUGAGCAGGGAUCCUCCCAUACUCCCGACUUUGCAUUACACGUUUUACCACCCAAAUGUCCGCCGCCGACAACGAACCGCUUCCGCCGCCGCCGCCGCCGCAGCAGCAGCAGCAAGCGGCUGAGGCUUUUCAAAAGUGCGCCUACAUGAUUGACGUGGGCGAUCUCCUCUUCCAAGGGGCGGAGUCGCGGGUGUACAGGUGCUCCUUUUACGGUACGCCGGCCGUGUGCAAGCACCGCUUUGCGAAGCGCUACCGCAACCCAACGCUCGACGAGCGGCUGCGAGCGCAGCGGACGCGGCGCGAGGCACGAGCGUUGGAGCGGUGCCUAAAGAAAGGCAUCCGCGCUCCUCGGCUGCUCGGGGCAGAUUAUAUCAACACCUUCCUCGUCAUGUCGCAUGAGGAGGGACCAACCCUGAAGGAGGCGUUGGACGCGGAGCACGCGCGGUGGUGCACUACGAUGGCCGGCUCCCAGGCUGUCGUCUCCGCCGACACGACGCCCUCACCGGUCAUGGCGGCGUUGCUGCGCAGCAUCGGUGUGGUGGUGGCGACGCUGCACAACGCGAACAUGGUCCACGGUGACCUCACCACCUCCAACUUCAUCUCCACCUUCGAGCCGCCCACCACAGCGGCAGCAUCGGAAGCCUCAAAUGGGGCACCAUCGAAUCAUGUAUCAACCUCCACCACCACCACCACUGCGGCGGCCGUCACAACGGCAGGUGCGCGUGGUCUGUUAUCUGCAUCGCCGUCAUUGGUGGUGACCCAUGCGCUGCCGACGGCGCAGGACAUCGUGGUGCUGGACUUCGGCCUCAUUUCGGAGAAGAACAGCGCCGAGGAGCGGGCGGUGGACCUGUACGUGCUGGAGCGAGCCAUCACUUCAACCCAUCCGUACCUGUCCUCUUACGCGAGCGAGACUAUUUUGGACGGGUAUCGCAGCGCGGCAGAUCCGAAGAAGGGCGCGGAGACGUUGAAGCGGCUGGAGGCGGUGCGCGCGCGCGGUCGCAAACGCUCGAUGGUGGGUUAG